AUGGCGGACCAGUGCCGCAUCGAUGUCAUCAUCGGCGAGCACGGCGAUCCGCCGGAGGUCGGCGGGCGCCCGCCGCCGCCGCCGUCGCCGCGCCUGAAGUCUGCGGUGGACGAGUACGUCGCGCCGGGAGAGGCGCAAAAUGAUGAUAUUUUCGCAUGGCUGGGUGAGCACGGUAUUGCGUCCCUGCUUGCCUUCGACAUCCUCAUCGACGAGUGGGCGGGCCCGCCGCGCUUGGCGGAGGGCCGCUACCGACCGCUAGCGCCGGCGAGGGCCCACCGCAAGCGCCGGGCGCAGGGCGCGGGCGACGAGAGCGGGGACCAGGAGACACAAGACGACGCCAGGCGCCAGCGAGAGCUCCACAACGCCCUCCGCCUCGUGGGGGAGGUGCGGGCGUUCAGCGGGAGGUGCCGCCGCAUGGAGGCGAGCGGCCUAUCCGUCGGGGACCAGCGGGAGCUCCUGAUUGAGCUGCUUGGGCGCAGAGCGAGGGUGGCAGCGACUGUGGCCGGCCACGUGAGGUGGGUCCGGCAUUUCGUUGACUGGGUGUCGGCCCGGGGCCGCGCUAUGGACAGCCUGACCGAAAUCGACUUCAAGUUCUACCUCGACAGCCUGCGCGAGCGCGGGAAGACGGUGCCUGGGGCAGCGUGCACGGCCCUCCACUGGUGGGACGAGGCGCUGCUCUUCGCAUGGCCGCUUGCCGACGAGCUGGCGCUCACCGCCGUGACGGACGCGCGGGGGGCCGCGGCGAAGGGCCGCGUGCAGGCGGAGCCGUUCACGCAGGCGAUCAUGGACAAGCUCCACGAUGCCUUCUGGGGGGCCGCCGGCAUCGAGCAGCGGGUCGCGGGCUUCGUGAUAUGCCUGGCCUCCGCGGUCAUGCGGCUUGGGCUAACCCGAGACGCCCUCUUCGGCACGUGCUACCGCAUGAAGAGGAAGGCCGCGCCGACCCCGUGGGCGGCGCUGCGGCACGACGCCAGGGGGCGCGACUGGGGGGGGCGGUGGUUGGCACUCACCGAGGCCCUCACCCCGGAGGCGGACCCCGAGGCCCCCAGGAAGUGGGCGUGGCCACACGUCGAGCACACCGCGGGCGACCGGCUUGAGCUUACCGUGCCGCCGCGGAGGGGCUCCUACCACAAUUGCUUGCGCAUCCUGCAGUGGGUCUUGCGCAGAGCAGGAGUGGCCAGUGCCGAGCGGCCGUGCACGCCCCACUCCCCACGCUUCUUCAUGCCAGCAAUGGUGCGCCAGAUAGGUGGCUCGCGGGAAGAGGUAGCCGCUGUGGGGCACUGGGCCGAGGGAAGCCGCGUGCCCCUACAGUGCGACCAAGCCCGCUGCUGCACCGAGCUGCUGGUGAAAGCACGCGUGCGGGACGCAAUGAAGGGGGGCUUCAUGGCUGCGGGAAGCUUCGAAGUGCCUACUUUCGGUGCGGGCUGCGCGGCUUCGAGCCAGACCUGCACCAGCGCAGCCGACCCAGAGAAGGAGCGGCAAGACGAAAGGGCCGAAGGGCAUGGCCAGGCAGCGGGCGCCGUGGCGCCCGCGAGCGCGCAGACCGCCUCCCGAGACCAAGUGCCGGGGGAGUUCUGGAUUUGGAACGAGCGUUCCGCGCUCAUGCACAGGAGCCACCCGACCGACCACACGCGCAGCAAGUGCACUUACGUGAAAGACUUCAGCAGCAAGCCCCACUUCACGGUGGUGUCGCCGGACGACACUGGCAUCGACCGGACUUUGUGCAGGGCGUGUUUCGGCCCCCCAGUUGACGUCGCUAUCCCUGAGUGGCAGAUUCCAGAGGACGAUGCGACCAGGGAGCAGCUCGAGCACCUCCUCAUCUGA